CAGAAGGUUCUUAAUUUGUACAACAAUGGUGGAAGGAGGUAUUGCACCUGUGAACAAGACAGAGUUCACUGAGUUAUUUCGAACUAUAUGGAAAACACCAUAUAUAUUGAGACUAGCUAUGACUGCUGGUAUUGGUGGUCUUCUCUUUGGCUAUGAUACUGCUGUAAUCUCUGGAGCUUUAUUGUAUAUACGUGAUGAUUUCAAAUCAGUUGACAAGCACACAUGGUUGCAAGAGUUGAUUGUAAGUACAUCAGUCGCGGCUGCAAUCAUUGGUGCUGCAAUUGGAGCCUGGAUGAACGAUAGCUUGGGGCGAAAAAAGGCAAUUUUAACUGCUGAUGUACUAUUUUUCGUCGGCUCAUUGGUGAUGGCAGUUGCACCAUUCCCAUCAAUUGUUGUGAUUGGGAGGAUUUUGGUUGGAUUAGGCGUCGGGAUGACAUCCAUGACAUCCCCUUUAUAUAUCUCUGAAACUUCCCCUGCUCAAAUCAGGGGGGCUUUGAUAAGCAUGAAUGGUUUCUUGCUAACCUUUGGUCAAUUCUUAUCAUAUUUGAUCAACUUAGGCUUUACUAAGGUUCCGGGAACUUGGCGAUGGAUGCUUGGAGUGGCCGGAAUCCCUCCCAUUGUCCAAUUUGUCCUAAUGCUCUUACUGCCCGAAUCACCACGUUGGCUAUACAAGCAGGGCAAAGUAAAACAAGCCACAGAAGUUCUAGGAAAGAUUUAUCCCAUUGAUGAGGUUGGAAAAGAACUAGAGCAAUUGAAGGCAUCAAUUGAAGCAGCUGAAGCUGAUGAAGCUUCAAUAGGGAAUAAUUUUUUUACAAAAUUCAGGAGUGCCAUGAAAAACAUUGAAGUAAGAAGAGCUUUAUAUGCUGGUGUGGCUGUCCAAGUAGUCCAACAAUUUGUUGGUAUCAAUUCAGUGAUGUAUUAUGGUGCAAGUAUAAUGCAGCUUGCUGGUUUUGCUUCCAAGGCCGUGGCUUUAGCACUGUCUCUUAUUACAACUGGGUUGAAUGCUGUAGGUUCAAUUAUCAGCAUGCUUUUUAUGGACAGACAAGGGAGGAGAAGAAUGAUGAUUGUUUCUUUGGUCUUUAUUAUCAUUGGCCUUGUUGUGCUAUCUACUGUGUUUUAUCAAUCUUCUCAACAUGCACCAGGGAUAAACAGCUAUGACUCUAGCCAUUUUGGCAACAACAGCACUUGCACAGCUUACAUUUCAGCCCCUGACACUUCCAGGUGGAAUUGCAUGACCUGUUUGAAACAAAAAUGCGGAUUCUGUGCAAGUGAAGGUGACAAGUUCCAACCUGGGACUUGCUUGGCAAAUGAAAAGGCAAUAGGAAACAUGUGUACUCAACAACAUCGAGUGUGGUAUGAUGAGGGUUGCCCUAGCAAAUUAGGGCUGUUUGCAGUUUUACUAUUAGGGUUUUACAUCAUUGUUUACUCCCUAGGCAUGGGGACAGGCCCUUGGAUAGUGAAUGCAGAGAUAUACCCACUGAAGUACAGAGGUUUUGGUGGAGGGGUCGCAGCUAUGUCAAAUUGGACAGCCAACUUGAUAGUCAGCAUGAACUUCUUGUCCCUCACAGAGGCUUUGGGUUCAUGGGGCACAUUUCUUUUGUUUGCUGGGUUUUCUUUUCUUGGAUUAAUAGCAAUCUACUUUUUGGUUCCUGAAACCAAAGGUGUGCCACUUGAGGAAAUUGAGAAGGUACUACGCAAAGGCUUCAGACCAUGGCCAUUUGAGAGGAAGGAAAAGGCUCAAAACAUUGAUGGAGUUUCUGCUUAAUUGUCCAUAAAUACUCUUUUCAUUCGACAAUUGGUUUAUUUUUCACUUUUUCAUGUUUACAAGUUUUUUUGUUGUUGUUUUUGUUUAUUUUCCCAUGCAUGAAAU